CUACUACGGUCGACGAUUUGUGAUUUGAAUUAUUGACACACGUUGUUAGCUCCUCUCGUCUUCAACGUUUUCAAGAAGCCGGCUAGACUAUAACUAUAGUCUGGACGUGCUUUCUUUAAAAAUAUAUUUAAAUACUUAAACAACAUAUUUGCCAUCUUUUAGUUAAUUGUUUUAUUGAAAUAUAGCUUACAUUUCAACUAUAGUCUCACCACGUGUAUUAAUGUAAUUUAAUGUACCACCUGUGAUUUGAAAGUGCGCGAUACGUAAAUUAAAUAAAUUUAUAUAAUUAAUUUGUUCUUCACAUAAAUUCCAUCUAAAAUCAUGUCAAAUAUAGAAGGUGAUUUGAGGGAUGGUCUGUCUGCAAAAGAAAUAUUCGCGAAUAGCGAAGGACUUACCUACAAUGAUUUCCUGUUGCUUCCGGGAUAUAUAGAUUUCACUGCUGAAGAGGUAGAUUUGACUUCUCCUCUCACUAAGAAGAUCAACAUCAAGGCUCCCUUGGUUUCGACGCCAAUGGACACUGUGACUGAAUCUGACAUGGCCAUAGCAAUGGCCCUUUGUGGUGGUAUCGGAAUUAUUCAUCAUAAUUGUACUCCCGAAUAUCAAGCAAAUGAAGUGCAUAAGGUGAAGAAAUACAAACAUGGCUUUAUCAGAGACCCCGUGUGCAUGGGACCGAACAAUACAGUUGCUGAUGUGUUAGAUGCGAAAAAGAAACAUGGUUUCACUGGUUUUCCCAUAACAGAAAAUGGAAAGCUUGGUGGUUUUCUCAUUGGUAUAGUUACUUCUAGAGAUAUUGAUUUCAGGGAAGGUUCACCAGAACUGAGUCUUAAAGAAGUCAUGACACCCAUUAACGAAAUGAUAACAGCUCAGUCUGGUGUAACAUUGCAAGAUGCUAAUUACAUACUUGAGAAAAGUAAAAAAGGCAAACUGCCCAUUAUAAAUGGACACGGUGAACUUGUGGCGUUGAUUGCGAGAACGGAUCUUAAAAAGGCACGGAGUUACCCCAACGCUUCCAAAGAUUCCAACAAACAAUUGCUAGUAGGAGCAGCCAUUGGUACACGGGAGUCGGAUAAAGAACGCCUCGAUCUGCUUGUGAAUAAUGGAGUAGAUGUCAUUGUUCUUGAUUCCUCACAAGGUAACUCGAGUUUCCAAAUAGAUAUGAUCAAGCAUAUUAAAAAGAGUUAUCCUGAAAUUCAAGUAAUUGGUGGUAAUGUGGUUACAAGGAUGCAGGCAAAGAACCUCAUUGAAGCUGGUGCUGAUGCACUGAGAGUGGGAAUGGGAAGUGGUUCUAUCUGUAUAACCCAAGAGGUUAUGGCAUGUGGUUGUCCGCAAGCUACAGCUGUUUACCAAGUAUCAUCUUAUGCCAGACAGUUCAAUGUGCCCGUAAUUGCAGAUGGUGGUAUACAAUCUGUUGGCCAUAUCGUUAAAUCUCUUGCUUUAGGUGCUUCAACUGUUAUGAUGGGAUCCCUGCUUGCUGGCACUUCAGAGGCCCCAGGGGACUACUUCUUCUCUGAUGGCGUAAGGCUUAAGAAAUACAGAGGUAUGGGCAGUUUAGAAGCCAUGGAGAACAAAGAAGGGAAGGGAUCAGCCAUGAGCCGUUACUUCCAUAAGAAAUCUGAUAAGCAUAGAGUAGCACAAGGUGUGAGUGGUAGUAUAGUGGACAAGGGCUCCGUUCUUAGAUUCCUGCCAUAUCUGAAGGCAGGCAUGCAACACAGCUGCCAAGAUAUUGGUGCUCGUUCUGUAUCUAUGUUACGAGAGAUGAGCUACUCAGGAGAUCUGAGAUUUAUGAAGAGAACAUAUUCGGCGCAGCUGGAAGGGAAUGUGCACGGUCUAUUCUCAUACGAAAAACGUCUGUUCUAAAAUCACCAUAAUAUAUUUGUACAACAUUGUUUUGUAUGUGAUAAUAUACAGCAUUUUUAAGACCUAUAUAAAGAUAUAUGGAAUAUAAUGUUAAUUAUUUUGUGUACUUAAAUAUUAAGAUAUACAGAAGAUGUAAUUAUUGCUUACCGAGUAUUCCAAUUUAUCUGUUUUCACAUGUUUCUAUGUAAAUGUAAGUCAAAUGUCUUUUUAAAUAAAGUUAACAAUAACACUGAA